GUUAUGAAAAUGAAAUUCAUAGCUCAAUCAUCAUAUAUUAUUAUGAUGAAUUGCUAUAAUAUUCUCGUGAACCAAAUGGGACAAACAAAGUUAGAUGAUCAACUCAAUAUCAAAAUUAGCCAACCAAAUAAGAUAUAUAACUUUAUCUCAUUCACACACUCUCCCUUUUGCCCUCAAUUAAACAACUGCUGCCACCUUCAUUCUGUGAAUGAAAUUAUUGUCCUUUUCUAAACAAGCUUGUCUAGAAAGCUCUAUCACAGACAUGCAACAGGUGUUAUAUAAAGAGCAACAUCUAUCUACAGAUUUACAAUCACAUUUUUAGUCAGAAUGUGUUGGUUUUGGACAUUAAUCUUCCUCACUUUCACAUUGUUGGUAUCAGAAGCCAAGCAUCACUCACACAAGCUCCCAUCCGCCGCCGCCGUCGUCGGCACCGUCUACUGCGACACAUGCCUCCACCCCAAUCCCCACCAUUUCAUCGCAGGUGCAACUGUUGCAGUGGAAUGCAAGAGCUCGAGGCCUCGGUUCCGGCAGGAGGUGGAGACCAACAGCCGAGGAGAGUUCCGAGUUGAGCUCCCUUUCUCCGUCGGCAAACACGUCAAGACAAUCCGAGGCUGCUCCGUCUCACUCGUCCGCAGCAACGAGCCGUCCUGCGCCGCUGCCACGUCGUCGUCUUCGUCGUCGCUGCGCCUCAAGUCGAGGAACGGAAGGGAGCAGAUCUUCUCAGCGGGGCUCUUCACAUUCAAGCCCCAAGUCUGCAAUGAGAAAGAGAGCAAGUUUUUCAUGUUGCCACCAAAUCCAUUGAAUCCCGGCUUAUUGCCUCCCAACCCCCUUCUGCCGCCGCCUUCCUUGAUUCCGCCGGUUCUGCCGACUCCUCCGCCGUCACUGAUUCCGCCGUUUUUUCCUACUCCGCCGCCUUCGCUCAUUCCUCCGGUUCUCCCAACGCCGCCCUUCUCGCCGCCUUCCUUCCCCUUACCCAUACCGCCAAUCCCGGGGCUGGUUCCGUCGCCGUCGCUGCCGCCGCCGCCAGCUCUUCCGGUUCCUCUACCUCCGCUGCCUUUGCCUCCUGUUCCGUUCCUGCCACCUGUGAUUCCGGGAGGCCCGCCGGCUGAGGUGAGGACAAGUAAGCCUUGAUGUUGCAGCUACGUAUAUAUACUAUAUAUAUAUAUAGCCGUUUGUAUUCAUACUAUAUAUAUAGUAUAUAGCAGUAAUUUCAUAAAUCUUGUUUGGCUUUUAUACUUUAUGAUGGAUGUUAUUCCGAUCGUGUUAUUUUAAUUUCGUCUUUGUCAAAUCAUGAAGUAAACAGUAGUUUAGUAUAUGGAGUAUUUUUUUGUUGGUAUAGUGUGAUCAUUAUUAUAUAAUGUUAUUUAUGAAAAUAAAUUUUAUUAUACUAA